AUGACACCAAUAACGAUCGCGAAUGCUCUUGCAUCGACUGUAACACUCAAUGAUGGUACUGUUAUGCCAAUGUUUGGUCUUGGUGUUUAUCGCAUUGACAAUAAUUGUUCCGAUCUAAUAGCCGCGGCGCUUCAGCAAGGCUAUCUGCUGAUUGAUACGGCUGAGUUUUACAACAAUGAACAUAGUGUUGGAGUUGCAAUUAAGCAGAGCGGUAAAAAACGUGAAGAAGUGUUUGUAAUUUCAAAGUGGUGGCCAUCGACUGAAGGGGCAAAAGGAGCGAUGAAAAGUCUCGAUCAAUGUCUGAAAAAUCUCGAAUCAAAUUAUGUCGAUUUAUACAUGAUUCAUGCACCGAAAGAUCACCAUUGUGCUGAUGCAUAUCAAGCACUACUCGAUGCUAAGAAACAAGGAAAAAUAAAAUCACUAGGAGUAGCAAACUUUGGUGUACAUCAUCUGGAAGCACUUGCCAAAUUGGGACUCGAGAAACCGUCUGUGAAUCAGAUUCAGAUCCAUCCAUGGUAUCAAAACAACGACAUUGUCAGGUACUGUCGAGAACACAAUAUCACCGUUAUAGGCUAUUCUCCAUUGGCUAAAGCGAAGAAAAUUGAUGAGACAACUAUAGUUGCAAUUGCAAAAAAAUUAUCAAAAAGUCCGGCACAAAUCCUGAUACGAUGGUCGGUUCAACAUGGAUACGUAACGAUCCCUAAGACAUCUCAAGAAGGUAGACUCAAAACGAAUGCAGAUGUAUUUACUUGGUCCAUUCCUGAUGAAGACAUGAAAACAUUGGAUGCUCUUGGAGAUCAACAAUGGUCGUGUACAUGGGAUCCGACUAAAUACAGUCUUGAAGAAGCUGGCCUUCAAGUGAUCACUAUUCAACAAUAG